AUGCAGUGUUUCCGCUUCCUUAAGACCAUGAUGACCCUCUUCAACAUGCUCAUCUUUCUGUGUGGUGCAGCCCUGUUGGCUGUGGGCAUCUGGGUGUCGAUCGAUGGGUCAUCUUUCCUGAAGAUCUUUGGGCCGCUGUCAUCCAGUGCCAUGCAGUUUGUCAACGUGGGCUACUUCCUCAUCGCGGCUGGUGCUGUGCUCUUUGUUCUUGGUUUCCUGGGCUGCUACGGUGCUCAUUCUGAGAAUAAGUGUGCACUCAUGAUGUUCUUCCUCAUACUUCUCCUCAUCUUCAUUGCUGAGAUUGCAGCUGCUGUGGUUGCUUUGGUGUAUACCACAAUGGCUGAGCAAUUCCUGGCCUUGCUGAUAGUGCCCGCCAUCAAGAAAGACUAUGGAUACCAAAAUGACUUCACUCAAGUGUGGAACUCCACCAUGGAAGGGCUCAAGUGCUGUGGCUUCAACAACUACACGGAUUUUGAGGGUUCGCGCUACUUUGAAAAGAAUCAAGUUGUUCCUCCAUUCUGUUGUAUCAACCCUGCCAACCACACAGCCGAGGAACCUUGCACCAUACAGAAGGCCCAAGACAUGGAUGUACAGGGUUGCUUCAAACAGCUUCUGCAUGACAUCCGAACCAAUGCAAUCACUGUGGGUGGUGUAGCAGCUGGAAUUGGGGGCCUGGAGUUGGCUGCCAUGAUUGUAUCCAUGUAUCUCUACUGCAAUCUGAAAUAA